AUGGUUUGCACCACCGACGAAGCAAGCUGCGGCGCCUCCGCCAUCUCCGCCGUGCAUCCCGACGUAAUCCAAACCCACAUCCUGACGCGACUCCACGGCCCGGCGCUGGCGUGCGUGGCCAGCACGUGCUCGGAACUCAACGCGCUCUCGGCGCACGAGCCGCUCUGGGCGGAGAUAUGCCGCGCCACGUGGCCUUCCACGAGCGCGCCACGCGUGCGCCACGUCAUCUCUACGUUCCCACGCGGCUCGCGCUCUUUCGUCUCCGACUCGCUGGCCUCGUUCUCGGCGCGCGGCUGGCGCGAGGCGAGCGCGGACCGCGCGCCGGAGCUGAUAUCGGCGGUGGAUGUUUUCUUCGAGGGGAGGGCGGUGCUGUCGAGGGUGGUGGAGACGGAGACGGAGUCCGGGUGGUUCCGGUGCUCGCCGUUUAGGGUGGACGUGCUGGAUCCGAAGGAGGCGGCGGCGACGGCGGUGGAGUAUCCGCGGAGCGAGGAGGAGUGCGCGGAGAUCGGGGAGAAGCUGAGGCUGAGCUGGAUAGUGGUGGAUCCUGAGGGGCGGCGCGCGGUGGAGGUGUCCGGAGGGAGAGCGGUGUCGGUGGAGCGGCACUGGCUGAGCGGGGAGGUGAGGGUGCGGUUGGCGACGGUGGUAGGCGGCGGGGAGAGGGGGUCGGCGACGGAGGCGGCGCUGUGCAGCGUGACGGUGACGUUCGGCGGUGAGAUGCAGGUGAGGGAAGCGUGUCUUGAGAUGGAGGACUUGGAUGGGAUGCAGCUUAAUGGGAAGGAGAGUUUGGGGAUUUUGCAGAGGGCGUUGGAGGGUAAAAGGGGAAAGUUGCUUUCUGAGGGUCACCACGGGAAUGAUAGAUUCGCGGAUUUCGUCUAUAGAAAAAUGGAGAGAAAGGAAAGGAAAGUGAGAGAUGAACGAAGGUUGGAUUUACUCUGCCUCUGUCUGGGUUUCGCUAUUUUGUCCUUUGCCGCUCUUUCCACUCUCUUUCUCUGA